AUGGGGGCGGGGAAGGAGGCUCCCGGCGGCGUCGACGGCGCCGCCGAGCCGCCGCCGCCGGUCGUGCUCAAGAUGGUCUUGCAUUGCGCCGGCUGCGCCAAGAAGGUCCGCAACAGCAUCAAGAGCAUGCCUGGCGUGCAGGCGGUGGUGGCGGACGCGGCGUCGAACAGGGUCGUCGUGGCGGGGACGGCCGACGCGGCCGCGCUCAAGGCGAGGAUCGAGUCCCGCACCAAGAAGCCCGUCGAGAUCGUCUCCUCCGGCGCCGGCGCCGGCCCGGCCAAGCCCCCAGCAGCCCCCGCCGCGGCCGAGAAGAAGAGCCCCGACAAGGAGAAUCCCGACAAGGGGGGCGGCGGAGCCGACAAGGGGGAUAAGCCCGGCUCCUCCAAGCCGCAGCCGCCCAAAGAGGAAGACGCGGCGAAGAAGCAACCGCCCACCCACACAGAGGAGAAGAAACCCACGGAGCUCCAGGUCGGUACACAAGCAGCAGCAAAUCCUACCCCCACGCAAUACUCUGCUCCCAACCACCACGCCCGUCCCACCGACCUUGCGGCUCACAAUGUCUCCGCUUCGAUUUUGCUUUCGCAGGAGACCACGGUGCUGCUCAAGAUCCGCCUCCACUGCGACGGCUGCGCCGACCGCAUCAGGCGCCGAAUCUACAAAAUCAAAGGGGUCAAGCAUGUGGAGCUGGAGGGCAAUGCCAAGGACGAGGUGAAGGUCACGGGGACCAUGGACGUCCCCGCCAUGGUGGCGUAUCUCACGGAGAAGCUCAACCGCGCCGUCGAGGCCGUCGCGCCCGGCAAGAAGGACAAGGGCGGCAGCGACGAGAAGAAGGACAAGGGCGCCGGCGACGGCGAGAAGAAGAAGGACAAAGCGGCGGGCGGUGACCACGUCGUCAUGAGCCAGGACAAGGGGAAAGGCAUCGAGGUGACGGGCCCGUCCAUGGCGUCCGCCGCGGCGUCCGUGGCGCCCGCGCCGGUCCAGGCGAGGACGCACCACGUCUCGCCGUACGGCCAAGUCCCGUACCCGCAGCCGCAGGGCCCCCCGCCCAGCUACUACAGCCCCUAUGGCGGCAAUGCCGACGGCGCGGGGUACGCCGGCGCCGGCGGCUACUACCAACAACAACAGCACCCCAGCGCGAACUCCGGCGGCUACUACCAGCAGCAACACCCGGGCGGCGAAUCCGGCGGCUACUACCAGCAACCAAGAGAGGCCGGCGGCUACUACCAGCAGCAACACCACCCCAGCGGCGGCUACUACCAGCAGGAGAACCCCAACCCCCAGGCGUACCAGCCGUCGUACCCGCCGCCCUACCACUUCGACACGGCGCCGCCUCCGCAGAUGUUCAGCGACGAGAACCCCAACUCGUGCUCCGUCAUGUGA